UCCCUUUUCCCGGCGUUUCCCCCGUUUUCCCCCCGGGAUGCUGCGCUGGCUGCGGCGGCGGCGCCGGAGCCGCUCGGGGCCCGGGGUGGCCCCGGUGACGGAGAAGCUGAAGGAGCUCUACAGGGAGAAGCUGCUGCCGGUGGAGAAGUUCUACCGGUUCCAGGAGUUCCAGUCGGCGCCGCUGGAGGAGGCGGAUUUCGACGGGAAGCCGAUGGUGCUGGUCAUGGGCCAGUAUUCCAGCGGGAAAACCACCUUCAUCCAGUACCUGCUGGAGCAGGAGAUCCCCGGCGCCCGCGUGGGCCCCGAGCCCACCACCGACUCCUUCGUGGCCGUCAUGCACGGGGACACCCCCGAGCUCAUCCCCGGCAACGCCCUCGUCGUCGACCCCAAAAAACCCUUCCGCAAGCUCAGCCCCUUCGGCAACGGGUUCCUCAACAGGUUCGUGUGCGCCCAAAUUCCCAACCAGGUCCUGGAGAGCAUCACCCUGAUCGACACCCCCGGGAUCAUGGCCGGGGCCCAGCACCGCGUCUGCAGGGGUAAGGGGGGGCCCCAAAAACAGGGGGGGGGCCCCAAAAAACGGGGGGGAGCCGGGGGGGCCCCCAAAAAACGGGGCGUGCCCCAAAACCCCCCCCCGGAGAGGAGGGAGCCCAAAAUCGGGAACGUCGUCCCUAAAGGAAAAGGGGGGGGGAGGAGCAGAAUUUGGGGUAAAGGGGGGUCCCAAAAAUCCGGGGGGGGUCCCCAAAAAUCGAUUUGA